GGUCACAUUCUGAUUCCUCUCCUUCUGGGGUAUCUUCAGGAUUUACCUGCUCAGAUGAGCCCCCGUGGCUUCUCCUCUCUUUGUCCCCUGGCAUCUGAUCAUGGAGAACAGGGACAUCCGUCGCAGUUUGAGUUCAUUUAACUUUUCAUACAGGACUCCUGAGAUCACAGAGCUGCUUUGGAUGCCAUGAUAACUCUUUCUAGGAGGUCAAAGAGCAAGAACAAAGAUUGCUUUGCCUGCAGGCGGGCCUUCACCUCUUCGACAAUAAGGACUUUGGCCCGCCCUGCUGAGUUUCUACUCCUUGACUGUAGGUCCAACGUCCUGACUGCGCAAGGCCCACACAUUCUCUUUUCUGUCCAUGACACACAGCUAUCCUGUAGCAACACGGACUCAGACUAGGAGCCGACCAUGAAACUGCAAAGACUUCCUGGCUGGUUGAAGGCUGUGAUCUGUGGGCUCCUGCUUCUCUUCCUGCAUGUACAAGGCCAGGACUCAGCCAGCCCCAUCAGGAACACACACACAGGCCAGGUUAGAGGAAACCUCGUCAAGGUGGAAAACACUGAAGUUGGUGUCCACACCUUCCUGGGAAUCCCCUUUGCCAAGCCACCUGUAGGACCACUGCGCUUUGCACCCCCUGAGGCCCCUGAACCAUGGAGUGGUGUGAGAGAUGGGACCUCCUAUCCACCCAUGUGUCCACAAAAUGAUGAUAAAAUGAAUUCAGAGGCUCUGAAGAUGGGAAAACACUUCAUGCCUCCCAUCUCUAUGUCUGAGGACUGCCUGUAUCUCAACAUCUACACACCAGCGCAUGCUCGUGAGGGCUCUAACCUGCCUGUGAUGGUUUGGAUCCAUGGUGGUGGUCUGGUUGUAGGAAUGGCCUCCAUGUAUGAUGGGUCCACACUGGCAGCCAUUGAGAAUGUGGUGGUGGUCACUAUCCAGUACCGUCUGGGUGUCCUGGGCUUCUUCAGCACUGGAGACCAGCACGCCAGGGGCAACUGGGGCUACCUGGACCAAGUGGCCGCCCUGCGUUGGGUCCAGCAGAACAUCGCCCACUUUGGAGGCAACCCUGACCUUGUCACCAUCUUUGGCGAGUCAGCAGGUGGCAUAAGUGUGUCUUCACAUGUUGUGUCCCCCAUGUCCAAAGGACUCUUCCACAGAGCCAUCAUGGAGAGUGGAGUAGUCAUGUUGCCUGGCCUCAUCUCCAGCUCCUCUGAGGUGGUUUAUGGAACUGUGGCCAAUCUCUCUGAUUGUGCAGCUGUGGACACGGAGACACUAGUACGCUGCCUACGGGGCAAGAGUGAAGCAGAGAUUCUGGCUAUUAACAAGGUCUUCAAGAUCAUCCCCGCAGUGGUGGAUGGAGAGUUCUUCCCCAGGCACCCUGAGGAGCUCUUGGCCUCUGCUGAUUUUCACCCUGUCCCAAGCAUCAUUGGUGUCAACAAUGAUGAGUAUGGUUGGUUUGUGCCUAUGAUCAUGGGCUCUGCUCAGAAAAUGAAGGGAAUAACUAGACAAUCCCUGCCUGCUGUUCUGAAGAGCACAACAGCACAGAUGAUGCUGCCUCCCAAGUGUAGUAACCUGAUAAUGGAAGAGUACAUGGGGGACACUGAGGACCCACAGACCCUCCAAGUACAGUACGCAGAGAUGAUGGGAGACGUCACAUUUGUGGUCCCUGCACUCCAAGUAGCACAUUUUCAACGGUCCCACGCUCCUGUCUACUUCUAUGAGUUCCAGCAUCGGCCCAGCUUCUUCAAGGAUAUCAAGCCACCCCACGUAAAGGCCGACCAUGUUGAUGAGGUUCCUUUUGUCUUUGGGUCCUUCUUCUGGGGUGUGAAAAUUGACCUCACUGAGGAGGAGAAGCUACUGAACAGGAGGAUGAUGAAGUACUGGUCCAACUUUGCAAGACAUGGGAACCCCAAUAGCGAGGGUCUACCCUACUGGCCCGUGAUGGACGAUGAUGAGCAGUACCUGCAGCUGGACAUCCAGCCUGCUGUUGGCCGAGCCCUGAAGGCCAGAAGGCUGCAGUUCUGGACCCAGACUCUGCCCCAGAAGAUCCAGCAGCUAAAGGGGGCUCAGGAGGGGCACAAAGAGUUGUAGUAUUCUGUGUGAAGAAAGGAAUUGGGCUUCAUAGACAUGUGGGUUCUGUCCGAGGUUUGGACAGCCUUUCGAUCCUAACAUUCACAUAACCAUUCCUAACAUAUACAGCCACCCCUUAUACCAAUCUGUAUGACAAGACCUCUGCAUGUCACUUCUUCACAAAACACUGCUGUUAUUCUGGUAGAUCCACUCAAUAAAAGUUCUUGUAACAAUGUGGAA